UAAGCAAACGUCAUGUGCGAGUCACGGCGGCCAUGUUGAAUUUCUUGCAACGCACCACGGAAAUGUCAGCUGGCAAUUGUAGUAUUAUUUCUUUGUAAUUAUUAUAAUAAAGCGUGAAGUUUAGACAAAACAUUUUUUCUGUGAUAUUAAGUGAACACAAAAAUUAAGAAAUGCCACUUUUGUGUUUUAAUUAGAAGUGAAAAUAUGACAGAAGUUAGUCAAAGGUGGCAUGCGAUUUCUCUUGCAUUUCUAUGGUUUGUGACGAAAUAAAAUGCUCGUAGUCCUAACUAAAUACGUGUAAAUUCCUUUUUAGUUCCUUACGUUAUGAUUUUAAGAGUAUUCAAGUGAUAGUUUUUGUAUUAGAGUGGUUUUUCGUUAGACUGGUUUUUGACCUCCCGUUCUUACACCUGGCCCCGUGAAGUAAGAUUACCUGUGUUCGUGAACCGCAAGAAACAUCUGUUGUUAUCUGUAAAGGAUUGAUAUAAAGGACAAGAUGAACGGCUCCGAAUCCGGGUUCAACCCGGCAUUUAACAUUGCCACCAUCAAACAAGUGGUAAAUGAGGCAAUAGAGAGAGUCGCGCCGGUUUCAGUACGGAUGCCGACUCCUACCCGACUUCGGGACCUCAUCAGGCAAAUUAGGGCCGCAAGAACAGCGGCUGAAGAAAGAAGUGUGGUGAACAAGGAGUGCGCUUAUAUACGGUCUACCUUCAGAGAAGAGGAUAGUGUUUGGAGAUGUCGGAACAUAGCGAAACUCCUGUACAUUCACAUGUUGGGCUACCCGGCUCACUUCGGUCAGUUGGAGUGCCUCAAGCUGAUCGCCAGUCCUCGGUUCACGGACAAGCGAGUCGGAUACCUGGGCGCGAUGCUGCUGCUGGAUGAGCGACAAGACGUGCACCUGCUCAUCACCAACUGUUUGAAGAAUGACCUGAACAGCAACACUCAAUUCGUGGUGGGCCUGGCUCUAUGCACUCUAGGGGCCAUAGCGUCUCCAGAGAUGGCCAGGGACUUGGCCUCGGAGGUCGAACGCCUCAUAAAGUCCCCUAACGCGUAUAUUAAGAAGAAGGCAGCGUUGUGCGCUUUCCGCAUCAUCAGAAGAGUUCCUGACUUAAUGGAGAUGUUCCUGCCAGCUACUAGGAGCUUGCUGACGGAGAAGAAUCAUGGUGUGCUGAUAACUGGCGUGACUCUCAUCACCGAGAUGUGCGAGAACAGCCCUGACACGCUCAACCAUUUCAAGAAGGAGAGCGGGCAGCGCGAGAUCGUUCCGAAUCUGGUGAGGAUACUGAAAAACCUGAUACUGGCCGGAUAUUCGCCGGAACAUGAUGUCAGUGGAGUGUCAGACCCGUUCCUGCAGGUAAAAAUCCUCCGCCUACUCCGAAUACUGGGCAAAAACGACGCCGAAGCGUCAGAAGCCAUGAACGACAUCCUCGCCCAAGUAGCCACCAAUACGGAAACCAGCAAGAACGUUGGCAACACCAUACUUUACGAGACAGUCCUCUCCAUCAUGGACAUUAAGUCUGAGAGCAGUCUCCGAGUCCUGGCCAUCAAUAUCCUGGGCAGGUUCCUGCUGAAUAAUGACAAGAAUAUCAGAUAUGUAGCUCUGAAUACACUGUUGAGGACGGUCCAUGUUGAUACUUCCGCUGUGCAGAGACAUCGGACAACCAUUUUGGAGUGUUUGAAGGACCCAGACGUCUCAAUCCGGCGUCGUGCAAUGGAGCUGUCCUUCGCUCUGAUCAACGGGCAGAACAUCCGCAGCAUGAUGAAGGAGCUGCUGCUGUUCCUGGAGCGAUCUGACGCGGAGUUCAAGGCUCACUGCUCCAGCGCCAUGGUGCUGGCGGCCGAGAGAUACGCGCCCUCCAACAAGUGGCAUCUUGAUACUUUGUUCAGAGUUCUGCUCAAGGCCGGCAACUACCUCCGUGACGACACAGUAUCGAGCACGCUACAGAUCGUGUCGUCAGCGGCGCCGGAGCGACAGGCUUACGCCGCCAUGCGUCUGUGGACAUCGCUCGAACGAUCCGCCGUCUCCGGGGACGCUACGGAGAAACAGCCGCUUAUACAGGUGGCAGCGUGGACUAUCGGUGAAUACGGUGAUCUGCUGGUGUCUGAAGCCAGUAACGCUAUUUCUAUGGUCGACGAGGAUGGAGUUGACGACUUCGUGCGUCCGUCAGAAGAGUACGUGAUCGACGUGUACCAGAAGCUGUUGUGGUCGACGCAGCUGUCCAUCAAUACUAAGGAGUACUUGCUGCUCUCCCUCGCCAAGCUGUCCACCAGGUUCACCACGCAGCCCAGUCAGGAUAAAAUUCGAGUGAUCAUCGACACGUUCGGGUCCCAUAUCCACAUCGAGUUGCAACAGAGAGGAGUGGAACUAUCGCAGCUGUACAGGAACUACGCGCACUUGCGGCCGGCGCUGCUGGAGCGCAUGCCGGCGAUGGAGGGCGCGGGCGGCGACGCGCGCGACGACAGCGACGCCGACCCCAGCGAGCGCGCCAGCCCCGACCACAAGCCCGACCACGUCGCCGACGCACUCCUGGACUUGAUCAUCGGGUCUGACUCCCUGACGAACGGCGACGUGGAGCACAAACCGUCGCAGCCGCCUGCCAGCAACAACAACACCAGCAGCAACGAUAUCCUAGACCUACUGAGCGGUCUAGACCUGACGCCGUCAGCUCCCGUGAGCGUGGUGAACAACAACACGCUGUCGGCGCCCACUCCCGCGCCGCCCGCCGCCUCGCUGCUGCUCGACGGACUGUUCGCUGCGCCCGCGCAUGUACCCACUAAUAAUGUGCAAGAUCUACCAACAGUAACAGCGUUAGAGAAGAACGGUCUCCGCAUAGUGUUCGGCGUGCAGCGCGGCGCCGACGCCGUCACGCUCACCAUGCGAGCCACCUCCUCCGGCACCUCAACCCUGACGGACUUCCUGUUCCAGGCUGCUGUGCCGAGGACAUUCCAACUGGACAUGAUGUCACCAUCUGGCACCGUUUUGCCGCCGCAGGGAGAAAUCACUCAAGUACUCAAAAUCGCUAAUCCAUCCAGGUCAGCACUCCGGCUACGGAUACGAGUGUCGUACAACGUGGACGGCGUCCCGGUACUCGAGCAGGCAGAAGUGAACAGCUUCCCCGCCGACCUGUUCAACUGACGCGCGGCCAGCCCGCCCGCAUACUGCCUCUAGCUGCUGCUAGCCGUCUACACGAGGUCAUCGAUUGUUUCUUAAUUUACACGACAAUAGUACACAAAAACUUUUGUAGGGAAAAGGUAAUUUGUUCAUGUCAUACUUGACGCUCUGAAUUUGGCUGUUAGUGACUUUAUGAUAGUCGAAAUCACAAGCUUUUUAGCGUCCCACUGCUGGGCACAGGAAAAGGAUUGAGCGUUGAGUCGAAAUCUACUAACAAAAUAAAACGCGGUCGAAUCGAGAACCGUUGCCGUCAAAUAAUUUUGCGCCCUGAAGAUGCCUCGUGCAUUCUUAUUUUUUUCUGAUCGACAGUCACUAGUAGCCACAUUCAGAAGAAAAGUUACUCUACGAGAACUGUGUGUAAUGUUAUUUAUCUAAUUACUGGGAAAUGUCGAAUCUGGUUGAUCAUUCUUUCUUAUAUGCAAGCAGAGACAAGCUCUAAUUUUCAUUCACGUUUUUAAAUCUAUACAUGCGAUACCGUAGGUGGAAAAAAGUGAAUUACAUCGUCUUUUUGUUGACAAAAUCGAUUGAAAAAAUGAUAAUAUAAAGUUUUUUAAUACAUUUGCAAAAUCUCCAACGUGGUAAAGAAUAGAAAAAAAAUAUCUACUGCACUCAGUAGUUUUACAACAAGGAUUUUCAGUUGAGAUUAAUCUAGCUUUACAAAACGGUGUUGUGAUCUGGAUAGCUGAUAAGAUCUCAUUCCAAAUAUAUAAUUAUAUAAAAUAUAUAAUUAUAUAUAAUAUGCACUGCUUAUAUAGGCUUAAUAUUAACGCUGUACAACAAACUAUUUUGCUAAAAUAAUUGAUAACAAUCGUUGACCGAUCGACCUUGUUUGUAAUGAUGGCGAUUUCUCCCUACUCGACAAAGACUGACCACAGGCCACCUUUUCUUGUUCGCGACACAGCCGUCAUGUCGAGAUGUACACAGCUUUUAAUAUAAGCUCACCAGUUUCCACUGAGAUUCGUGAAACAUUCCAUGUGUUACGUAGUGUUUAAAGUUUAUGUCCGCAGAGGGCCCAUUAUGAUUGUUGGCUUAUCGUUGGGUGACCAGAGAGCAAAUGCAAGUCUAUUUCAACUAUAAACCCUGGGGUCAGUAAAGAGGUUUUGCUUUCAUAUUUCUCUGGGCACAUUGCGUCAGUAUUAUAACAAUCUCAAAGCAACCUAUACCAGUGUGUUUUACUUACUGCUUCUAUUACAAAAAUACUAUUUUUCAACUAGCCUUUUCUGUUCAAAGGUUUAUGAAAGUGUUGCUUCUACAAUACAUUUCUAGCAUUGCGACACAAAUGAAAAAUGUUGUCAUUAAGAUUUAUUAAAUUAUUGUCUUGUGGUUUCGAGCCUUUAACAUUCCUGAAUUUGAAAAUUUCGCCCUUGGUAUGUUGUAAAUUGAUGUUUUAGAAGUUUUUGUGUCGCUCGCGCUGUACAUAAAUUGAGAUUGUGUAUGUAUAAACGAUUUAUAGUAAGCAACCUGUGAAUUGGAGGGCUGUAUGGAAUGUACUUAAAUAAAAUAUAAAUGAUCACUAAUAUGAUAAAUUUCGUGUGAUAAUGCACCUUAGUACGCAAGCCAAAGUAAUGAACUUGUGUGAAAGUAGUCAGUGAUCCGAAAUACAGUCGCGAGCUAAAAUAUCUAGUCACUCUUGCAUGUUUGUAUUGUAUUUAAGAAGUUUUAUGAACUUUCCAGUCUGUAUAAAUUGUUUUAGAACCCAAUUAUUUAUAAAUUAAUGUUUGUGCCUUGAUUUUUAGCUCGUCAUUGUAUUUUGAAUCAUAUUAUUUAAUUUCCAGAUAGUCCGUGUUCGAUGUCACUAUGUUUGAACGUAGACGACAGCAUUUUGUGUACGAAACCUGUGAGCCGCUUCAAAUGCUAGCCCGUACUGUUCGUUUUAUUGAGAAUUUUAUAUUUUGCGACGCUGUAAAUAUCGAUAAAGACAUCUCAUCAAACACGUAGUUACGCAAAUUAUGGAUUUAUUGUUAGAUUUUUACACUCGUUCGGCGACCGCCGGACAUUUUUAACAUUUAGUAAUUAGUUAUAUCGUAUGUUUAUUUUCAUCCUAUUUAUGUUUAGGUUAUCGACUAACCAGCAUAUUCUAAUAAAAUAUUGUAGGACUAUGUAAAUCUAGAUAUAAUUUUGAAGCCACUGGAAAUAUAGAAGUCGCACGUGCUCUUAAUAGUUUUUAUAUUCUCUGCAAGGCGUUCAUGUGAUCAUGAAUGCAUAUAUUUUAUUUUUGAUUAUGUAAAGAGAGCUUGGCAAAAGAUUAUAUCGUCAAUUUGGUGCUUCGUUUUACUAUAUCUGAUAAAUAGAAGGCCCUCCACAAUGUGAGAUGUUUAUGAUUUUGUGUAUAACUAAAGCUAUGUGAAAGAUGUACAUAAUGAUUAUAAUGAUUUUAUGUAAAUUGGUUAAUAAAUAUUUGAGAAUGUUUAUAUAAUCAAA